GUCAUUCUUGUAUUUCUUUAGUGCACAACGACAGAGCCUGGAAAGUUGCACGAUGACCAGUACGUCCUUCCCUCCGGGAACCGCACCCGUAAAACAACAAUUCCUAUUGUCCCCUGCUACUCUUCCUACGGUUGAUGAUGACGCAGCGGAAGGUUCAACAGCUCACACUGGAACAUCACGCGUAGAUGCGGUAGAUGCAGACCCAAGGGGCACGGGUGGCCGCAAAAAGUGGACCAAGGCACAAAAGAAAGAAAAGCGUGGUGCCAAUAAGGGCCGCAAGUUUGGCAAGGUACACGAUCAACUUGAGCUAUGCUGGAGAGUCGCCAAUGGGAAAAUAUGCGAACAUGGAGAUGAAUGUCGCUUUACGCAUGACAUCGACGCGUAUCUGGCAGCCAAACCAAGGGACAUUCGAUUCCCUUCAAUUACGACAAUAUCAGAUGUUCCUCCUUUUAUCACGGGCACGGAGGAAGAUGAUUCUACUAUGGCUGACGAUAAUCUUUCUUCGCUGGAACGACACACAUCAUGUCCCUCCUUUGCAGAAUCGGGAGUCUGUCGUCUAGGACUCAAGUGUCGUUUUCUAGGAGCUCACGCCAAGCGUGAUUUCAGCGGGGUAAUAACGCUCGUCAAAGAUGAGGAGAAGAUGGCUCAGACAGCGCUGAGCGCCACCGAACUCAAUUUUGUCAGUGCAGAUACCUUGAAGCUACUUAGGUCCAAGAAGUAUCCUAUGCCAAUAACCGACGCAUACCUCAAAGAACUGGAGGCUGCUAAAGGAGACUCCAAUGGACCGGAAGGAUAUGUGGCUGUCGGUGAAGAUAACGUGGUCACGGAUGAUCCUCCAUCUAUUUCGUCAGAACUCGUUGCAAAGCGCACUGGAAAUUCUGAUCCCAGUGCUCAGGCUGAUACUCCAGAUGUUCUGAUCCGCGUACAAGAGAAACGAAGGCUGAACUGGAGUGGUAAAUCAUAUCUCGCGCCGUUAACAACGGUCGGCAACUUGCCAUUCAGACGCCUAUGUAUGACACUUGGAGCGGAUAUAACAUGUGGCGAAAUGGGCCUUGCGACCUCAUUUCUCACCGCUUCUGCGUCCGAAUUCUCGCUCGUUCGGCGGCAUCCAUCGGAGACCAUGUUCGGAGUUCAGCUUGCAGGAAAUAAACCCAGCACAUUAGUUCCAACUGCCGAAGUACUCGGACGCGAAUUUGGUGAUUCAGGAGGUAUAGACUUCGUCGAUGUGAACUGUGGAUGUCCGAUCGAUCUUGUCUUCAAAAGCGGAAGCGGGAGUGCUUUACUGGAUGCACCAGCAAAACUGGGCAAAAUUGUCACUGGGAUGUCCAGGGCGUUGGGCGAAAUUCCGGUCACAAUAAAGCUACGGACAGGUGUCAAGGACGGUCGUAAUAAUGCACAUAAGAUCAUGCUACGCGCUGCCACGGAUUGGGGGAUUGGUUGUAUCACACUUCAUGGCCGCACACGCCAGCAACGGUAUACGAAAUUGGCUGAUUGGGAGUACAUAAAACAAUGCGUUGAUGCUGUGCGGGCUCAAGAGGCAGAUAAGGGCCUAUCUCCGAUUCCCAUUUUCGGUGGUGGCGAUUGCUUCUCAUCGCAUGAUUACUGGACCAAUGUUUCAUCCACUGGCGUGGACGGAGUCAUGAUUGGACGGGGAGCACUUAUCAAACCAUGGAUUUUCACGGAAGUGAAGGAGCACCGAGAAUGGGAUAUCAGCUCGAGGGAGCGAUUGCAGUUAAUUGGCAAGUUCACUGAAUUUGGAUUGAGGUUUGUCUUCUGUUCAAUUCAAAGACAAUAGCUAGCUAAGUCUGCAUCUUCAGUCACUUCGGUACAGACACAACAGGCGUGAACACGACACGCCGAUUCCUCUGUGAAGCGCUUUCAUUUCAAUACCGUUAUGUUCCUAUCGGGCUACUCGAACGACUCCCGGCCAAGAUCAACGACCGAGCGCCAACAUUCAAAGGGAGAGACGAAUUAG